UGCUGAGUCUCAUCAGCUCUUUGCAGAUUUUUGUGAUCAGUCCUUUAUCAUUAGUGUUGGGUGCAAAAAUGUUCUCCCAGUUGUUGGGGUUUCUCUUUGUUUUUGUUAUUGUCUCUUUUGCUGUGCAGAAGCUCUUUAAUUUGAUGUAGUCCCAGCUGUUUAUCUUUGCCUUCACUAUCACUCCUUUGGGUGAUGUGUCUGUAAAGAUGUCUUUGAUGUGCAAAUCCCGUAGUGUUUCGCCUAUAUUUCCUUCUACAUGCAUGACUUUCUAAAGGAAGGAGAACAUAGCAAAAAACAGAACAUAGAUAACAGAGAGUGCUUAUAUCUAGGUGAUAUAGAUAAUAUAACUAAAUAGUCUUACACAGUGAAUAGAUAACUCAGUGAGGAAUAUUGUAUUGAAAAUUUUUGCCAAUUCAUUCCUUCUCUGAAUAGGGUGAAAUUUAGUGUAGAAAACACCAUAAACUGGUAAAUUGGUAGAAAACACCGAAUAUUUAGGUCAUUUACGACUUCCUACACUGAUUUGGUGGAAAUGAAUUAAACUCCAAGCAGAAAUCAUGCCGUUUCACCUUCACUUUGACUAGCUCCCACUGAGGACAUUUUGAUUUAGAAGAAAUCAGGGUAACUUGAGUUCCCAUAAAAACUCCAUUCAGACUUUCUAAAAGGUUACCUUGAGAGUGUUGGGGUUAAGUUUUCUGGACUUGCUCUUGAAUCCUAGAGCAAGUUAGGGUAAUUAGGCAGUUUUAGGGACAUUGCAGGAGGGAACCUCUGAAGAGUUUAGGAAGCCUUCAGAGAUAAGGGCAACAAGAGGAAUGUAAUUAAUUCCACUGGGAAUAAUAAACAUCCCAGGACCAAGGGCAACAUUGUUAACACUGGCCUUGGUUUCCCUCAGGUGAUAAAGGGAUGUGGAGUUUGGGGAAAUGGAGAGUGGUUUAAUUUAUGGACAAAUUAGGAGGGCAGCAGACUCAUGUCUGGUAGACCACCGUCCUCCCCUUUGUCUGAGCGCAGGGAAAUUUAUGCAAGGGGGAGAUGAGAAGGGGUCAGCACCAGUGGGCGCCAGCCUGUUUUUCUUCAAUAGCUGAUGUUUAACUUUCUCUUCCCUGGAAUGCAGGGGUGCUCAUCUGGGAGACUGGGCCAUAAAGAUAAAUCUGUCAAACAAGGGGGAAGGUGCAACAAAUGGGGAAAGACAAACCUGUUCCAUAAGGAAUGUGAAGAUCCCCCGCUCAGUAGCACAUUAAGUGAGACAGCCUAGAACUAACCAAUCACAAAAAGACUGGUGGAGCUUUAGAAUAAUGAGGGAAAGAAGGUAUAUAUUCCCUGAGACAGGACUCCACUUUGGCUUCUUUGCCCCUCCCAGGCCUGGUUUCAUGGGCUGGGAGUCCCACUUUAUUUGUUUCCUUUUCUCCUCACUAAACUUUUUCUUUCUCUAAACAAACCUGCCUCUUCUCGCUUGCUUGCCUGAGCGUCUGCGAAGUUCCUGCUGCUGCUUCGUGAGACACCAACCCGUGGCGGGUCUAGUGGCUGGGGCUCAGCGCUGCCCCUGCAGCCUGGGAUCCGUUCCUGGCUGGGAGACUAGGCCUGACAAUUCCGGCUGGUCAUGAUGUCUAAAGGUCAGACAUCUGUUUUGGAUAAUAGCUUUCGAAUGAAGCUUCUGAAGAUCGAUUCACAGCUGGAGGAGGAAGAAGUGGAACAUCUAAAGUUUCUCUGCCAAGUUUUUGUCUCCCCGAAGAAGCUAGAGAAUUGCAAGUCAGCCUUGAACAUUUUUGACCAUCUCUUGGCUGAGGAGUGCCUAAGUGAGGAAGAUCCCUUCUUCCUUGCAGAACUCCUGUAUACCAUCAAGCAGUUUUUGUUGCUGCGGCACCUUGACUACAGCAAAGAGCAAGUGGAGCAUUUGCUGCCCACUCGAAGGAGAAUUUCUCUGUUCAGAACCCUGCUAUAUGAACUGUCAGAAGAUAUCAACCAGGAGAACUUAGAGGAAAUGGUCUUCAUUCUGAAGGAUAUGAUUCCAAAAACCCCUAAGAGCUCUCUAAGUUUCCUGGCAUAUUUAGAGAAACAAGCUCUAAUAGAUGAAGACAAUCUGAACUUACUGGUGGAUCUCUUCAAAAACACUAAGCCUAUCCUUAUGAGAAAGAUAGAAAAAUAUAAAAAAGAGAAAGGUAACUCACUUAUGCUUGUUUCUUGUACCAUACCAUGGGAAUUCUUAAACCAGUAUCAAUUGUAUGAUAUUUACUCAUCAUGUAUAAUAUUAUUGGUCGUGUAUGAAAAGGCAGAAAUCUCCAUUUGUUCAUUCAACACAUAUUAAUUGAAUGUAUACUUUGUGCUUCUAAGGUAUAGCUUAGAACUAGGACAUAAUUCAAACCUGACUGCUUCACCAUGUACCAAUAUGAUAAAUAUUUGAAUUUUCCUGAAUAAGAGCAUAUUCAUGAAUCUUGUUACUCCAUGCCCCUAUUUUAAUUCAGUGAACUAAUCUAGUGUGCAAAUUUGGUUAAAAAUGAAACUAGCUGAAAAAAACACUCUAAGGAUUCUAUGAAAAAAUAUUUGAGGAACAGAAUAUA